AACGGCCAGCCCAACGGCCAGCCCAACGGCCAGUCCAACGGCCAGACCAACGGCCAGACCAACGAACAACAAAACGGCCAGCUCAACAACGAGCCCAAAGGCGUCCCGUCGACUGCUGUGACAACGGUGCCGUCCAUCUCCCUAACUAUGGGCACCCCGGUUCCUUCAUCAGCGUCCAUGGCCAGCAGCGAGCCGUCCAGCUGCUGCGAGGCCGCGGCUCGGCCGGAGCUCGGCUCCCGGCACCUGGACGGCGACGCCUUCAGAGCGGACCUCGCCCCGGACCGCUACAUCGACGAGGAGGCCGGACUGGACGACGAGGAGGAAGAGGAGGAGGAGGAGGAUGACGACGACGAUGGCAUCCACUUUGGCGCGGGGUCCGCGGACGCCAAGGAGUACUCGUCGCUGCUGUCGCCGCCCGGCCCGCAGCCCAUCAUGGUGCCCGCCGUCGACGGCGUGCCCGCGUACCCGGAGCGCGGCCACCGGCAGGUGCCGCUCACGCGCCUGCAGCGGCUCUACCUGCACGCCGCGCCCGCCUCGGCCACCUCGCUGCUGCUGGAGUCGCCGCUCGUCGUGACCGCCUCGCACACGGGCGCGCCGCCCACCAAGCUGUUCCGGGUCUCCACCAACAGCAGCGUGCUCAACGCCAAGCCCGUGAGCGGCGACGGCAGGUGAGUGACUGCAGUGAGCGUGGAGCUGGUGCCGGUGGUGGUGACGUCACACAUUCCGGGCCCGCUCCGUCACCGGUCGGGUCCGGACGGGACGGACUCGGAGGAGAUUCGUGCAAGGGAAGUCAGGUCGCUGUUCGUGGAGGUCCACGUGAGACUGCGAGAGAGGUGACUACGGGUGGGGCUUUCCGUCUGAGGCAGCAAGGCGGCAAACUCUUCCGCCCGUAGAAAGAAUCACUGCCCGGCCCGGGAGAUUUACCGCCUCCUGGAGAUUUCCGGUGCCUCGAGGUCGGACCAGAGCAUGCACAACCGGACCCGCCCGCGCCUUUGGGACCUCUAGGGCCUCCAGGACCGUCUGCCCCAGGAGGCACGCGGCCACACUCGGGAACCCCGCCACGACGCUCGCUUCCUCAAACAGUUCAGUUGUCUGCAGUGCCCUCGGUUAAUUGUGCAAAACCGAGCCGUACCCCCC